GACGAAGAGUUGACAAGAGUGAUAAAUGAUGAUGUGAGAGAAUAUGAAGCAUCUCAAAUGGAAGAUUAAACAACAACAAGUGAAGAAGAUCUUUUUUUAGGGCAUAACCACCUCUCCUUUUUAUAUGUGUAGUAGUUAGUAACCUAAACUUACCAUCUCUUUGAUCGACAUGGAGUAUUCCUCAGUUCAACAGCUAAGGAGGAAACAACAAGAAGUGUUCAUAGAUCUUGAUGUUCUUAAUUGUCCCAUUUGCUACGAGCCACUCGCUAUUCCUGUCUUUCAGUGUGAUAUGGGACACGUAGCUUGCCAUGUUUGCUGGCCCAAACUCAAAAGAAAGUGUCCUAUAUGUGCUUUACCCAUUGGUAACAAACGUUGCAAAGCAAUGGAGAGUGUUCUCAGAUCAUUCAAUGUCCCAUGCCCCAACGCACAUUUAGGUUGCACCAAGAGUGUUCCUUAUGGAGGUGACUCAGACCAUGAGAAGAAAUAUUGCAGAUUCGCUAUAUGUUCUUGCCCUGAAAUAGUCAACGAAUGCAGUUACACUGGCUCAUUGGAUGAUCUGUUGGGCCAUUAUAUAACACACCACCAGCUAAAAGAGGGUUGUCUUUUCAUUUUUGGUAUGCCGAGAACUGUGCGGAUGCCCAUAAACGAUAAGGUUUUUGUUAUUACGAUAUUAAGAAGGAUAUUAAUGUUUGCGGUGCAAUGUUUUAGAGAGCCAAGUGGUGUUUAUGUGGCUGUAAACUGUAUUGCACCAUUGGCUCCAGAAGUGGGGAAGUUCUCAUAUCGAAUCUCCUACUCUUCUAAUGGACGCAUCUGUUGUAGUCACAAAUCGCUGGAGAUGAAGAGGGUUCUUCGAGUUAGUUCCCAAACCCCUCAAGAUGAUGAUUGCAUGUUUGUUCCUAACAGGUUAUUGCGCGGUGAAGUGUUGGAGAUGGAGCUUUGUAUAUCGGAAGUAGAGAAUAUGUUUGUUAUUAGGUCUUGUAUGGGAUUAAAUGAUGUCUAAGUCUCUUUUGUAAGCUUCUUUUGAUUUUUAUUUUGCUUAUCUAUGUCAUUGUUGUUAACUUAAUGAUGUUGCUUCUUUUGGUACUGACAUUUUCAUUACAUUAUUAGCAUGAGAACAAGACUAUGUAGUUGUUUAGUUUUUCUA